AGAGAGUACUAAUUCAUUCGACUCUUCACCUUUUUUUUUUUCCUCCGUCUCAAAAUUUCCUUUUCGGCUCUCUCCGUUCGAGUUCGAAAUCGUUCCCUAAUCGAAGAUCUAGAUUCUACAUACGUUUGAUCUCUCAGUAUGGAUUACAAGGCGCCAAGGAGAUACUCACACGGAAGGAAUUUCGGAGUUGCGAGACAGCAAGAUUUCGCAGCAGAUAUAGUUACGAGAAGACCUUAUGUCCCUUACGACAAUAGAAUGAAGAAAAGUCCAAAUAAGGUGUCAAGGAAUCUGGUUUGGACGUCAAAAGAGUACAAAGCACCAGAGGGCAACAUGCCAAGGAAGAAUGCAGCCAAUGGGUCUGCGAAACCACCAGUUUUAGGCACUGGAUACUGUGUGUCAAACCAGCCGAGGAAGAAUGCUGCGUAUGGGCAAAGGAGCUCUUCUAUUUCAGACACCAGAGGUUGGGGGUCGAGAGAUAACAGCAGUCCUAAAAGAAGUGUAUGUAAGUAUUGGAAAGCUGGAAACUGCAAAAGGGGUGAGCAGUGCCAGUUCUUACACUCUUGGUCGUGUUUCCCUGGCUUAGCCAUGGUAGCUGCUCUUGAAGGACACAAGAAGGAUCUAAAGGGGAUCGCCCUCCCUCAGGGUUCAGAUAAACUCUUUUCAGUCAGUAGUGAUGGUACAUUGCGAAUUUGGGACUGCAAUUCUGGUCAGUGUGUACAUUCCAUCAACCUCCAGGCAGAAGCAGGGUCUCUAAUCAGUGAAGGCUCAUGGGUUUUCCUUGGCUUGCCAAAUGCCUUAAAGGCUUUUAACGUUCAAACCAGUAAAGAUUUGCAUCUUGAAGGGGUGGUUGGUCAGGUGCAUGCAAUGACUGCUGCAAACGGAAUGCUUUUUGCUGGAACGAGUUCUGGUAGUAUAUUAGUCUGGAAAGCUACAGACUCUGAGUCUGAUCCAUUCAAAUACUUGACAUCUCUCGAGGGACAUCAUAAUGGUGAAGUCACUUGUUUUGUUGUGGGAGGUCAACUGCUCUACUCUGGUUCUGUCGAUAAAACAAUAAAGGUGUGGGAUCUCAACACCCUGCAAUGUAUAAUGACCCUGAAGCAACAUACCGGCACUGUCACAUCACUCUUAUGUUGGGACAAGUGUCUGAUAUCAUCUUCCUUGGAUGGGACCAUAAAAGUUUGGGCUUGUUCUGAAAAUGGAAGCUUGAAAGUUGUUCAAACUCGUAAACAAGAACAGAGUGUUCAUGCUCUUUGUGGAAUGCAUGAUGCAGAGGCCAAACCGAUCAUAUUCUGCUCUUACCAAAAUGGAACAGUUGGCAUUUUCGAUCUACCAUCUUUUGAAGAAAGAGGAAAGAUGUUCUCGACGCACACGGUCGGCACACUCACAAUUGGUCCUGACGGAUUGUUAUUCAGUGGAGAUAAGAGUGGGAGCUUGCGUGUAUGGAGCUUAGCUGCUGGCAACAAAGUUUAGUCGUUUAACAAUUUUCGACUAAAGAAUUUUGAUUUAA